CAGCUCCUUCUAACGGAUAAAAGGAGAGGAAGUGCCGGCUUGCAGGUUUAGAGGGACUCUCUCUCUUUAACUCCACCAAGCCUUGUUUGAUAUCUUCCUUCCCUCCCUCCCCUCCCUUUCUACAUCUUCAAAAAAAAAAAUAACCCUGCUUGGAUAACCAUGGCCCAAAUCAGUUAUAGCUCUCGCUCAGCAGCUGGCCCAGGGGGGUUUGGCCAGGUCCGAGUCAGCAGUGUCUCUUCAUCUCGUGGUGUCGGAGGGGGGUCCAGCUUCAGGAAGCCCGGUGGCUUUGGCAGCUCCAGCCUCUACAGCUUUGGCUCUGGAGGCAAGAAGAUCUCCACCGGCGGAGCAGGCUUCUAUGGUGGCCUGUCUUCGAGUGCUCGCCUGAGUGGUGGUUAUGGAGGUGGUUUUGGAGGUGGAUUUGGAGGAAGCUAUGGCGGUGGGCUUCCAUCUCCAGGGAUUCAAGAGGUCACCAUCAACCAGAGCCUCUUGUCCCCACUCAACCUGGAAAUUGACCCAACCAUCCAGAAGGUACGCAAGGAGGAGAAGGAGCAGAUCAAGACCCUCAACAACAAAUUUGCUUCCUUCAUUGACAAGGUCCGAUUCCUGGAGCAGCAAAACAAAAUGCUAGAGACCAAAUGGAGCCUCCUGCAGGAUCAGAAGACCACCCGGAGCAACAUCGCUCCCAUUUUUGAAACCUACAUUAACAAUCUGCGGCGGCAGCUGGACAACCUGGUGAAUGACAAGGGACGCCUGGAGGGAGAGCUGAAGAACAUGCAGGAUCUUGUGGAGGAUUUCAAGAACAAAUACGAAGAUGAAAUCAACAAGCGCACGAGUGCAGAGAAUGAAUUUGUGAUCCUCAAGAAGGAUGUUGAUGCUUCCUACAUGAAUCGAGUGGAGCUGGAAGGCAAGGUGGAUGGACUGACUGAUGAAAUAAACUUCCUGAGAACUCUCCAUGAGGCAGAGCUGCGUGAACUGCAGACACAGAUCUCUGACACGUCUGUGGUCCUUCAAAUGGACAACAACCGAAACUUGGACUUGGACAGCAUCAUUGCUGAGGUUAAGGCUCAGUACGAGGAAAUUGCCAACAAGAGCAGGCUUGAGGCAGAAUCCUGGUACCAAACUAAGUUUGAAGCCCUGCAAGCCAGCGCUGGGAAGCACGGAGAUGACCUGCGUAGCACCAAGACUGAGAUUGCUGAAAUUAACCGCACCAUACAGAGGCUGCAGGCCGAGAUUGAUAACAUGAAAAAUCAGCGUGCCAAGCUGGAAGCAGCCAUUACUGAGGCAGAAGAACGUGGGGAACUGGCUGUCAAAGACGCCAGGGCAAAGCUGGAGGAGCUGGAAGCUGCCCUCAACAAAGCCAAGCAAGACAUGGCCCACCAGCUGCGAGAGUACCAAGAGCUCAUGAAUGUCAAGCUGGCCCUGGAUAUUGAGAUUGCCACCUACAGGAAGCUGCUGGAAGGAGAGGAGAGCCGGCUGUCUGGUGACGGAGUUGGUGCUGUGAACAUCUCUGUGGUCAACUCCAGUGCUGGUGGUUUUGGCAGUGCUGGUGGUUUUGGAAGUGCUGGUGGUUUUGGCUAUGGAGGAGGAAUCAGCCUGGGAGGUGGAAUGGGCAGCGGAGGCCUCAGCUUUUCUCCCGGAGGUGGUUCUAGCAGCACAAAAUCAUACAGCAUGACAACCAGCACAACUCGGCGAAGCGUCAGAAACUAAGCUCUCAAAACCAGGAUCAUCACUGCCUGAGCAGAAGAAACAGCAUCUCUACCCUCCCUCCCCUUUCCCCCACAACAAAGCAAGAAAAAUAAAUCAGUUCAUGGUAUCCCCCAAAGCUACGCUGGUUACAAAAUUCACUCAGUCAUAUAUGCUGCAAGUACAUAACCCCCCAGCACAGACAGCUUUGCUGCUGAUUUCCUGGACAGCAGCCAUGAGCCUCUACGAAUGCAAGACAAACCUAUAUAGACAUAUUUCACAUUGGCUGUUUUCAGUGCAGAAAUUGGCUUCUGCCCUUGCCUUCCUGAUUUCCCUAAGAGGAAAUGAAAUACGAAAGUCAUAAAAAUAAAAUUGGAAACAUUGGCUUGGAUUCAAGAGAAAAGCUUACCUGAUUGAAGAGAUUUCUGUCAGUGGAAAGUGAUUUCCUGACCUCUUCAUUGCUGUGGCCCAAAACAUUAGCCUGAAAAGCUGUUCUUGGGGGACAGGGGACUCCUCACCCCCAGGAACAGAAUGGGAGUUGGAUGGUUGAAGUAGGAGGGGGAAAUCAGUGAAAAUCCCCAUCCCUUCUAUCAGCUGCAGUUUUUUGCAGGAACCAACCUUUCCCCUCCCCCUUCCUUACAAAAUUAUAUUCUGCUCUGUGAUAUCAUUUCUCAUCUGUUCUACCUUCCAGUCAUAGAAAUAAAUUAACAGCAAUGCAACUGCUGUGUUGGGGGAUAUUGGUCAGAUGCUGGGGUUUUGAACAGGGUAUCUUAGAGGCUCAUUUUAGACUCUUUUCUAAGGAAUAACACAUUCCUUCAGUUUACUCUCUCUUAUUGUUCCAUGGUUCUGUGAUACCUGAGAUUCCACACCACUUGCUUUCUGUUAAGAAAAGAUUUUGUGCAAGAAAGAAACACACAUUAUUUUGUUAUAAAUAUAUAGUAGAAUUUGUUUCCUUGUGAUAAAAGUAUUUUAUAUUUGUUGCCUUUGCACAAAACCACACCAGCUUUCCAAAGCAGUAUGGUAAACUACCAUCCCCCCAAGUAGCAGCACCCCAUAAAAAUUAACCACUUUUCUGUCAAAUUUUGUUCAGCAUUUUUAUUUUUUCCUCCAGCUUCUGACAAUGAUGGCAACAAAUACUCCCCUUCAAAAACAGCAACGUUAUGCCCUUCAUAUUUUAUCUUACAUUUUAAAAAUAUUUUCCUCAAGUUUAGUUUUUUUUUUUUUUUACUUCAUUCUGUUAGAAUGUUCAGGUGCUUCUGGGCAACACAGCAACAAAUAAAUUAAUAAGCCUCUUUAAAAGGAAAAGUUUUUUUUUAAAAAAAGAGGUACGACCUAAAAGCUGGUAGUUUUGAAGGUCUCUAGUCUAUAUUGUCUAUUGAUGUCAUACUACUCCAGGGUGCUUAAAAUAUUUUAAAUAUAUAGGUUUAAAAAAAUUAAAGAAUGUUUUGUCCCACAAAAGCUAUCUUUUUUGGACAAGGUUUAUUAUAUUUUCAUUGCUGUUUUAAGAAGCUGGUGUGUUUCUGUACUAAACAAAAAUAUAUCAUCGAUGUAUGGGUUUUUCCCCUCCGCACAAAGGCAUUUGUUUCUACAUUAUUUUUACACAGUUCUUCAGCACAGCAAUACAAUAAAACCUUUCUAAAGCAGCUGUUUGGAUGGAGGUUUCUAAACUAUUAUUGGGGUUCCAAUUCUGGAAAUAAAACUCCACAACAAAUAAAAAUCCAACAACACCCGUUUCUGGUAACUUAGCAUCACCAUCAAAUUCAGGGAGACAUUCAGCAAAGGAGGAUUUUGUGGACAACCCAAGAGUCUCUUCCCAUAAACCCACCAAAAGAGUUCCCAGCCUGGGCAAAAUCACUAUGAAUGAAUGAACUUUCCUUCAAGGUGUCAAAUGGUUUUCAUUGCAACAGCAAGUGUUUCUACCCUGUUAUAUAGCCAUGAAUGUAGAUACUUGGGUCUGUGAGAGAUGAGCAACCUUUGGAUGUCUUUUAAUAAAGCUUGCCUAUGGUGCCCA